UAAAAAAGCUGUCGGCAUGAAUUGGAAUUAUUGCACUAUGGCAAUACCCAAUUCUGGUUCAUAUCAUAUUCCAUUCAUUAUCUUUGCUUCAAUUGCUUCUGCAAACCUUCUCGCUCUCAAACAAGCUCAGACAAAAAACUAUCUCAUUUACAUUACACCUACACCAAUACAGAGUUACAGAGAUUGAGAUUUAGAAAAAUGGCUUGUGUAGUUGUACUUUCUCUUAUGAGGACACUUGAGCUUGAGUUCUUGCAACCUCUCCCUCGUCCAAUUCUACAACAAAAGGAACUCAUCCCUUGCAACAAAGACUUGGUCCUAUCUCUCCACAACAAGCUUGGAUUUCUGAUGGAACUAUUCGACGAGAAUAGAAUGGAUGGUGUUGAAGCAAUAAAAGACUUGGAAACAAAGCUCAGAGAUUUAGCUUUCAGAAUUGAAGAUGAAAUUGAACUUCAAGUAGUACAUCUUUAUGAAGAAGAAGAAGAGGAAAUGCCACAGGGUGAGAAAAGCACUCAUCAUUGCCAGAGGCUUCAUCAAAUUUUGCAUCCGCUAAGGGGAAAAUCACAUCCUUGUCUCAAAUUCCGUCGUAUUUUGCACCGAGCUGUACAAGACAUUGAUGCCAUCACUCGAGAAUUGGCGAAAGCGAAGGAGGAGUACCAGCUUUCCAAACAUCAUCUACAAGCAGGAAUAAAGCAGCCUGCCUCCCUUCAUGUUUUACCUAUCACCAUGCCUGAUUCUUCCCACCAUGCUUCACGCUCCAAAGAAAUAAUGGUUGGAAAACAGGAUGAGUUCGAGAUUAUAAAGAAGAUGCUAAUUCGACAUCCAUCUAAGCAACUAGAAAUUGUUUCCAUUAAAGGUAUGGGAGGUAUUGGUAAGACAACAUUAGCAAGGAAAAUUUAUGAAGAUUCAUCAAUCACCUCCUACUUUGAUAAGCAAUCAUGGGUUGUUGCAUCACAACAUCACAAUAAGAGGCAAAUGCUCUUCGGUCUUCUUGGUUCCAAACACAAUAAUGCAGACAACAGCGGUAAUGAGGACCUAGCAUUACAAUUCUACCAGAGUUUGAAGUGUCAAAGGUACUUGAUUGUGAUGGAUGACGUAUGGAGCGAAGGGGCAUGGGAUGCUAUCAAAACUUGCUUUCCCGAUGAUGGAAAUGGUAGUCGAGUAUUGCUGACAACUCGCCUUGCAGAGGUGGCUAAUCAUACCUGCUCUAAAGAUGACUUUUCUCAUCAAAUGCAAUUCUUAGAACAAAGUGAGAGUUGGAAACUAUUUAAUGAAAAGGCAUGUGAAUCUCGCGGUGCUGAAUUUGAGACGAUUGGGAGACCGGUAGUUGAAAAAUGCAAAGGACUACCUUUGGCAAUAAUUGUGGUUGCAGGCCUUUUUUCCAAACUCAACACUCUAGAUGAGUGGAAGAAUACUGCCAAUGCUCUAAGUUCUUCUUCUGCAACUACUCUAGAUGAUGAAGAAUGUUUGAAAAUACUCUCCUUGAGUUACAACCAUUUGCCCCACAACUUGAAAGCUUGUUUCUUAUACUUGGGAGUUUUUCCAGAAGAUCACGAGAUUAAUGCUAAUAAUCUUGCAAGGUUAUGGUAUGCAGAAGGACUCGUAAACGCAUUUGAGAAUGAAAACUUUGAUAGAGUGGCUAACAGGUACAUGCAAGAACUUAUGGAUAGAAACUUGAUAAUUUUAGGCGAGCUAUGCUCCCGUGGAAGAAAAAUUAAGAGUUUUAGGAUGCACGAUUUAUUGCAUGCUUUUAGUGUGAGAGAAGCUCAAAACGAGAACCUUUUGCAUGUUGUCCAUAGUGAAAAUAAUUCUUAUUUUCCUCAAAAAAGUUUUCGCUGGGUAAGCAUUCAAUAUGCAGAUUUUAACAUGUCUACAAUACAACAUAAAAGUUGUAGAUCAUUCUUCAGCUUUUUUGGGGAGAAAUCAUUUUCAAAUUUUAGAAAUACCAAUCUACGGAGAGUACUCUUCUAUGAUACCCCUGUCUGGAUAAAGAAUAUUGUGGAUAUUGUCCAUUUGAGAUUCCUAAGAGUUGGAAAUGAUAUAGAACUUUCUCAGGGUCAGGAAUUCCUUAAAUCAAGAUGUAAAGAGAGUAUAAAAUUGUCAAGGUCUUGGAAUCUUCAAACACUUCAUUCUUAUCAAAAAGUAAUAUAUAGAUUAGAUGAAGGAAGGAAGUAUUUGGAGUUUCCACAACUACACUAUAUUAGUUGUGCAGACUAUUUUUGUGGAAAUCCUCCCAAAUUUGUUCAUAAACUUGAUGGGAUAAGAGCUGAAGAUUGCUCAGAAGAAUAUGUUACCAAUAUUCCAUGCUUGAAGAAGGUGCGUAUUGAAUGUAAAGGCAACGAGAGUAAUGCUUACGUUGCAAACUUAGCCUAUUUAGAGCAGCUCGAGGGACUUUGGAUUUCAAUGUUAUUGCCUGGAACACAUUCAAUUAAUAAUGAUAUUGUUCUCUUGAAAAACCUUAGGAAGUUGGCAUUUAAUGGUAUGAGAUUUGAGUCGGGGAGAAUUAAUAUUCUUAGCAAGUUGCCUAGGCUAGAGGUGCUCAAGUUACUAUGGACCACAUUCAAAGAAUGGGAAAUACAAGAGGAAGUGAAAUUUUGGCAAUUAAUUGCUUUAGUUAUCCUUCAUUGUGAUCUCAAGCAUUGGAAAGCUAGUAGUCAUAAUUUUCCUAAACUUGAGCACCUAUGUCUUACGUAUUGCUUUGAAUUGAGAAAGAUCCCAACUGACUUUGGUGAAAUUUCAACAUUGAAGUCAAUUGAAUUAUCGAGAUGUCUUCCUUCUGCUGUGGAAUCAGCCAAGAAAAUUCAGGAUGAGCAACGUGACUAUGGAAACUACGAUAUGAUUGUUAUUGAGGAAAAUACAUUACAUGUUUCGGGAUCUGUGAAAAGCCCGAGUGAAGAAGAGCCAGAAGUGGAUAACUGAUAAUUGAUACUUUCCUUGUAUAUAAUUAAAUUUAGAUUUGCAAUAUAUGUGUGUUUUUGUCUUUUUGAUGCAUAUAUAUGCAGACAUAUUGUUGGAGUUGAUGAUGAUGAUGAGUAUAGCCUCUGUUAGUUUAGGCAUUUAUUUCAGCUUUAAUUUGCUUUUUCUAAUAGAUGUAAUGUAGACUCUAUUGGUUUCUAAA